UUAUGCACAGAGAGUAUGGAUAAUCACGGAACACAAUCGCUUCAUCACAAUCAUCAUUUGCGCGCUCGCCACUAUAUCAUUCGGUCUUGGCAUGAUCACAAGUGGUUUAAUGUUCCGCGGGAGAAGCCCUAAAGUUCUAUACGGCACAAAGCGAACGCAAUUCGCUGCUUUCGCUGAUGCCUUAUGUGAUAUUGGCAUUACAGGGUCGGUCUGGUGGUUUCUGCAUCCGGCACGAACAGACAAUGUUCGGUCAAAGUCAAGAAAUUAUCUCAAAGAACUGACACAAAUUCUUGUUAACACGGGUUUGAUUUCUUGCGUUGUGGCUGUCACGAUGGCUGUGCUCUACCAGGUCCAGAAUGGCCAUUAUUAUUCCGCUGCGCCCGGAUCACUGUUAGGGAAAACAUAUUUCAACUCGAUGAUGGCAGUGCUCAAUGCUAGGAAGUCAAUUCGCGAACGGCAACGACUUGCCCGUAGUGUAACGGAGCUUCCUACUAUACCGACUAUACGUUGAUU